AAGCAGCUGUGAGCUUUUGCGACACACCGAGACGUGAAAAUAAUGAUAUGUGGAUGUUUUAUGUUGAAAUAGCUGCUGGAUCUUUGUAGUUAUGUGGUCUUGGCAUCUAGUUGAUGGAUAGAUCGACAGACGGGUGAAUAGACUCUACGUGGGUGAUCGGACCGGUGUGCUAAACGGGUUCAGGAAGAUCUGUGCAGUUCUAAUAUGAGGAACGUCAUGCGUCCUUCUGGGUCGGCCCAACCUCAAUGGGUCUCCUGGCUCCAGCUCUUGUUUUUGCUGCACCUCUGUACCUGUUUACAAGCUCAGCUAUUAAAAACCACUAGAUGGCCGCUGUAUUCCGGCAAGCCUUUGCUGUUGGCCUGGAACGCCCCUACAGAAGACUGCAGACCUCGACAUGAAAUCGUCUUCCAGCUUGACCAAUUCCAGAUAGUAGCAUCGCCAAAUGAGGGCUUCACAAAGCAAAAUCUCACCAUCUUCUACAAGGAACGUUUGGGUCUGUACCCAUAUUAUGGGCCGGGCAACACUGUGGUCAACGGUGGGCUACCGCAGGCUGCUAGUCUCACUCAACACCUGGAGAAGAUGCCAGAAGGUCUCCUGAAGUACAUCAAAGACCCUAUGGCCAAAGGUCUGGCUGUGAUCGACUGGGAAGAGUGGCGGCCACUUUGGAUACGUAACUGGAACACUAAAGACAUUUAUCGUAAUCAUUCAAAACGGUCAGUCUUGAAGAAGAACCCAACCUGGUCUCAAGACCAGGUGACCAACGUUGCCCAGCAAGAGUUUGAGCUUUCUGCUCGUAAGUUCAUGUUGGAGACUCUCAAAUUUGCCAAAAGCUUAAGACCCAACCAACUUUGGGGGUUCUACUUGUUUCCUGACUGUUAUAACCACAAUUACCAAAGUAAACUGGAAAAUUACACAGGACGUUGUCCGGAUGUAGAAGUACAGAGAAACGACCAGCUAAAUUGGCUUUGGAUGGAAAGUACGGCUCUUUUUCCUUCGAUAUACCUGGUAGAAUUGCUGAAGGACAAGCAAUCCGGCCGACAAUUUGUACGGAACCGGGUCAAGGAAGGGAUGAGGUUGGCAUCUGUUGGAGACGGGCCGGCUAGGCCUGUGUUUGUCUAUACACGGCCCACUUAUGGAAGUGCUACUCCGGCCUCUAACGGUAACCCAUCUGAACUAUCAAUGCUGUCAGAGAUGGAUCUGGUAUCUACUAUUGGUGAGAGCGUGGCGUUGGGUGUAGCUGGCGUUAUUCUCUGGGGUGACUCCACCUAUGCAAGCAGUCUCGUGAGCUGUUCUCGUCUUAAAGAAUACCUGCAAGGACCGUUGAGUCGAUACCUGCAUAACGUAACGUCUGCUGCCGAGCAGUGCAGUCGGAAUCUCUGCGGAUUCCGCGGACGCUGUCUUCGCAAACAACAGGACACGGAUACGUACCUGCACCUCAGUCCGAACACCCGCACCAUAGAACUUAGCAAGAUAAGAGAGGAGUUCCAGUGUCAGUGCUACAACGGGUAUACAGGGGAAAACUGUAGCCAGAAAAAAACUGCGAACAGAGGUAUAGUGUUCUGGACCACCCGGUUGCAAGUUCUGCUGCUACCACUGUUGUUGAUGGGGUUUCUACAUUGAGGCAAGGGGGAGUUUGUUGGAACCACUCUUAAGAAGGAUAUGCAGGAACAUCUCUGACAGAGUUCUUUCUGUGAGGACAACGGCAGGAUGCAGUCUCUCAUUUUCAGAGAAGGAGUGAAACGGAGAAGUGGAAAACAAACAAGCGAACUUUGGGGAACUAUCUCUGCAGCUCAGCGGUGGUUUUGUUCAGAGAUCGCCCCCUGCUGCACGGGAGGCUGAACUGCAGGCAGGCAGAAUUCCGUUUUUGCUACUUAAUGGUUUGUGUAAAUGUCUGAGUGCCUUUUGUCUUAUAAAGAUGUGCUGUAUCUACAGGCCUUUUUUGCCUUCUUUUUAUCCACGUAUGACCUUAUUUUUGGCUGUGUCACAUGACCAGCUCUUUAAAAGGGACAAAUUGUGUUACUGUAACGCUGUUGUCUCGUUAAAAUGUCGUUGGGUGAAUUUCACAAAACCUGUCAAGAACGUGUCUGGGUCAUGUGGGCAGGGAGGGCAUAUAUUUUCUCAAAUAUUUUGGGUUCUCUCACAAUAGAUGCAUUUCCCCCGCAAUAAGUUUUGCAUUUCCUUGCAUUUAUUUUGGGUUCUGUCGCAAUAGUUUGAGUUACAUUACAAUAAGUUUUGCGUUCCUUUGCAAUUAUUUUCUAAUCCCUUGCAAUGGUUUCCAUUCACACUUAAUACGUUUUGCAUUUCCUCACAAUUAUUUUCUGUUCCCUCACAGUAAAUUUUGCAUUCCCACGCAAUUAUUUUGGGUUUCCUUGCAUUAGUUCUAUUAUAUCAAUAUACAAUUAUAAUAUACAUUUAUAUAUGCAUUAUAUAAACUAUACAAUUAUAGUUUAACAAUGGUCCCCUAGAAAUGAUUUGUUCCCUCGCAAAAGUUUGUUCCGUCUAAAUUAUUUUAGGUUCCCUCUCAAUAGUUUGUUCCCUCGCAAAAGUUUCCAUUCCCUCUAAAUUAUUUUGGGUUCCCUCAAUGGUUUUCGUUCACCCGCAGUAAGUUUUGCGUUCACUCUAAAUUGUUUUGGGUUUACUUGCAAUCGUUUCCGUUAUAUCACAAUAACUUUUGUGUUCCCUUGUAUUUAUUUUCUGUUCCCUGAAAAUUAUUCGAAUACAGCUUUAUCCAUCCCUUACAAAAAUGUACAGUUUUUUUUCUACAAUUAUAGUUUAUCAAUGAUAAUAGUUUCCGUUCCCUUGCAAUACGUUUUGCGUUCCCUCUCAAUACUUUUGUGUUCCCUCACAAAAGUUUCCGUUCCCACUUAAUAAUUUUUGCGGUCCCUUACAAUACGUUUUGGGUUCCCUUGCAAUUAUAUUGGGUUCAGAUACAUUUUUUCCCUCGCAAUAACUCUGUUUAACAAUAAGGAUUAUUAUUUUUAUGACCAUAGUAUUGGUUUUCCUGUAUUAUUACUAUGGUUUAACCACAAAUAUAAUGGUUAAAAUAUGGUUACUUUUAUAAAACCAUGGUAAAUUUUAUGGUUUUACUACAAAUACUAUAGUUGAACCAUAGUUACUGUAGUAAAACCAAGGAUAAUUUCUAAAAGGAUAAAUAAAGCUAUUGGAGGAAUGCUACAAUACUAUUUCAAAAAAUGAAUUCCCUGCCCAUCUACAAAUAUGAUUCUCAUUUCAUUUAGUAUGCUUCAUUUUUUAUGGAAAAUAUAAUUUCUUAUGUCCUACUUGAAAUAUGACCGGGAUACAUUCUUGACAUGACUUGACCACUGCUGGAUAGUGAGGGAUUUUUUGUCUUUUAACUCGCUUUGCCAAAAACAAUGAAUGUAAAUGUAAAGUCAGUGUAUUGCAGAGUUUUUUUUGCAGCUCAAAAAAAACAAAGAUGCCUUUUUUUCUGCCUGGUUUGCACAGAAAUAUUUUGAUUCAGAGAUUUCCCAUUUCAUUGCUAAACUUUGCAUUUCUGUUGUGUUUUACUUUUUUUGGUGUGGAAUAAACUGGAAAGGUUUCAGUGAAAUGUAAGGCGUCAUUUCAUGGUUAACAGGGUCUGCCAGAAAUGUUGUCAUGUGUAGUUUAAUGUGUAGUUUAAUGUGUCUUUAUAUGUGAAAUUCUGUUGGAAUUGAACGAUGUGACUUUUGGUCUAUUUCGGGUUGGUUUUCCUGUUGUUUUUACAUUGUAGUGCCUGUAAAUGAUUCUGCAUUUGUGUCCCUUAAGAAUAGGAAAUCCAAAAACCCGAGAGCUGUUGAGGUUUAUUAUUAAUUGUCAUUUUUCAUAUAGCGUCAUACCAAAUUGUGCUCGUGUUGUCCAGGGCCGGAGUGACUUGUAUAACUUGAAUACAAGAGCUUUUAUUGUCAUGAUGAAAUGUGUGAUCGGGUGUUUGGUGAAUGAUCCUUGUGAAUUGUUUUGAAAUUGAUUGUUUGAUAUUUUUUACAAUAAAUCUUUAUAAGAUUUAAAAUCUCCCUGGUGAAGGUGUAAUUUACUCUCACAAUGACUCCAGAAAUGUGUCUGCUACA